UCUCCCCCUAACUUAAGAAACUGUAACCCAAAACAACACGAAACCACUGAUCGCCCCAUUCCUCUCUCUCUCUCUCUCUCUCUCUUUCACAUUUUCAAAACUUACCGCCGGUGAUUAUUCGCCGGUAAAUGAAGGAUCCGGUGAUCGGUGCUUAUUCAAAUUUAAAUGGCCAUGACGUCUUAUAUAGUAUCUUACUCUCGCGUAUCACGGGGAAUCUCUAACCAUUUUAUCUGAAGCAAAAGCGACUUUAACUUGGCAGAGUUUUGAAGUUAUUCCAUACUUGGUUUGGCAAUCAGAGGUGCGAAAGCCUUAUAUAAUAUUUUAUAUACAUAUUUAUAAAUAUAUAAACACGCAGAGAUUAAACCGAGCCUUUGUCUGGUUUUUGAGCCUCGAAUUUUGCUCAACUGCGUCAUUUUUUGCAAAAUUGUGGAUCUCUGAGUCGAUUCUGUACGUAGCUCUGAUCGAUGAAGGUGAUGCAGAGUUUUCAAUGUCUGUUUUGGACUUGGAGAAGAAAGAUAUAUCGGUCAAAUUCUUUGACUUUCAAACUCGGAAAACCAGCUCUGUUUCUGGUCUGAAAAUGGAGUUCAGAAGAUAGCUUUUUCAAAUAGUAGAGGUGCUACCGAUCGAGUAAGAAAGAGCUUUUGAAGUGAUGCCAUUCCCGAUGAAGAUCCAGCCCAUUGAUUGUCACACUCCGACUCAGGAACCGACUCGGUUAAUCGAACCAGUUAAACCGGCGGUGAAGACGUCACGGUUCAAGCGACUCUUCGAGCGGCAGUUCACGAGUGUCUUGAGGCUUUCUGCGCCUGCGCCUUUGGUGGAGAAGGCCGGCAGCGGAGACGAACCGCGUUUCAUCAAAGAAGCGAACAAUAACAGCUCCGGCGACCUGCAGUUCGAGCCGAGCUCGGUGUGCUUAGCGAAAAUGGUUCAGAAUUUUAUCGAGGGAGGUAAUGGAAACGAGAAACAAAUUUCUGCUUCGAGGUGUGGCCGGACCCGCUGCAACUGCUUCAACAGGAGCUGUAACGAUAGCUCCGAAGAAGAUUCGGACUUAUUCAAUGGAUUUGGUCAUGAUUCCAAUUUAGUCAAUUCUGGCGAGGGUUGUGAAGUUCUCAAGGGUUUGGUUCUUUGCUCGAGUGUUAGUGAAAGGAAUUUAUUAGCAGAUACUGCUAGGAUCGUUGAUCGGAACAAGAUCUGUAAGCGUAAAGACGAAAUUUGCAGACAAAUCGUUACUGAUGGAUUAUUGGCUCUCGGAUACGACGCUUCAAUCUGCAAAUCUCGUUGGGAAAAAUCCCCCUCAUACCCUGCCGGAGAAUACGAAUACAUAGACGUUAUAAUCGAUGGUGAACGAUUAAUAAUCGACGUUGAUUUUAGAUCAGAGUUUGAAAUCGCUCGACCAACCAAGACCUAUAAGACAAUUCUCCAAACUAUACCGUACAUAUUCGUCGGGAAAGCCGACCGGCUCCAGAGGAUUAUUCCGGUGGUCGCUGAGGCGGCGAAGCAGAGCUUAAAGAAGAAAGGAAUGCCUGUCCCGCCGUGGAGGAAGGCUGAUUACAUCAAAGCCAAGUGGCUUUCUUCUCACAAACGAAACGCGCCUCCCUGCUGCGGCGAGUCCGGUCCGAGUUGUCGGUGCUGCUGCAACUCAGUUUCAGUGGAGAAGAAGACCGAAUCGGGUGUGGUGGAAGAGGAAAAAUCUAAAGCUCUGAAAGAAUGGAUAAUGGUGCCCAGACAACUUAUUGGUUUUGGGGUCAAGGAAAAGGUCACUGGUUUGGCUUCUGUUAUGGUCGAUGAGCCAUGAAAAUUUUGAUUUUUGAUUUUUUUUUUUAACUGUGGAAGAAUCACGUUCGUAUAUGGUUUGCUUAUGUGAUAGUACUACUGUAACAUGUCGAUCCCCUUCUGUUUUUUUGUUGUAAGGGUCUAAUUUUACUUAAUAUCAAGAGACUAGCAUAGAAUAUACAGUUUGAUAAUAUAAAGAGAAAAACAUGAUGAAAGUUACGAUCGAGUUUUGUCUCAUGUUUUUUUUUCUAUUUGGAUCGAGUUUUUGUAUUUGUAUGUACAUGUCAGUGUUUUUUUUUUCCUUUAAACUUUGGAUUGGAUACAUAUUGGUAUAAUACAGUUUUCAUUUGACCUUGA